AGCAGUACAGAUGUUCCAUAGCUGGACCACUGGUGGUAAACUCCUUUAUCUCUAUAGGGCUGGUUUAGAUACUAAGAAGUCUGUGUUAGUGUGAUGAGAUAAUGAUACUAGCUGCUCUAGUCAAUCUGUAUAGUUGAAGCAUGACAGAUUACGCAAUCUGUAUAGUUGAAGCAUGACAGAUUACGCAAUUCUCCAGUUUUCGAUUGAAGGCUGGUGCUAAAUUGUCAUGGAUCUAACAUUUGUAUUGUGGUUGUUAAGUAAUACAUAUAAGAGAGUUCCACAAGUUACCAACAUGUAUUGAGAGUUGAUUCAGAUAAGGCUGGCUAUAUUUGUUCUGCAUGUCGACUUUCAUUCACUGACAAAUGUUGACAUGAUUUUGCAAUUUAGCAAUCACUCAUCCUGUCCCUGUCUCUUCCAGAUGUCUGUUUGGUGGCAGGUUCUGUUUCUCCAGUGUUUCCUUACCCUGAGCUGUGUGUACCCAUGUUGUGCAUCCCCUCCAGGCCUACUCAAGUCCUACUCAUACUCCCUCAAAUCCAUCAGGUGCACCCACACCCGGGUACAGCAGCUGCUCAGGAGAUAUAAGGAGGAGCAGUUGGAUAACAAGCAGUUUGAGGACAGAAGUCUGGAGUGGAAGACCCUACCCUCCCUCUCCACAGACUUCGACCACUGGCUUCAGAUGAAGGACUGGGAGCGUCUGAGUGCUGCCUCUCAAGACCUGCACACCUUCUGGGCUCACCUGGACAUGAAGAGAAGGGACAUGGAGAGGGAGGAGGCGGGACAGGGAGCAGCCCACCGGAUGGGGAGCAGGGGCAAGACUAAACCCAGCAUACCUGAGAGAAUACAGCACAUUCUGACAGACCUGCGGGAUCUCAUGACAAAAGUCAACUUUCAGUUGAGAUGUGUGAAGAGCUCCAAUGUGAGCCCCACCUCUCCCCCAGCCCUGACCCGUGCAGUGAGCCCUCCCUCCAGCCACCAGGCCCCAUCAAAGUCCCUGUGGAUCAGCCGCCUGGAGGGCUACGUCAUCCUCAGGGACCUGGAGCGCUACCUCACCAAGCUGGCCAGAGACUUCAUCCUCCUGAAGACCAAACACAGAGGUCCUCCAGGUACCUAGCCCAGGGGCAGAUAGACAUGGUAUGCAUGGAUUUGUGUUCAUAAUGCAAACUAGUACUGCACUAGCCUGUGACGGGUUGUGGUUAGAGUGGCUUUUAACUUAUUUUGUGGACUAAGGACAUUGUUGGAUGUGAGAAUUUACAAAUUGUAGUAUUAUGAAUUAUAACACAACAGUAUUUUAUGUAGUCAAUGCACACAGUUUAUUUCAGCAGUAACAAGGCAGCUAAUAACACCAAUAAUAAUGAUAUUAGUAUUAUUCAUUAUGAUGAUAAUAAUCAGCGUUAUUAUAAGGUGAUAGUAAUGAUAUAUUUCAUUCAGUAUUACUAUGACAGAAAUACAGUACUGUGACUCAAUAUUGCCAAGUGAUGUCAAUACCUGCUGUUGUUAUUUCAACUGCAUUAAUGAUAGGGUUCAAUUAAUCAAUAAGGCCCGAGGGGGUAUGGUAUAUGGCCCUAUUUACCAAGGAUAAGGGCUGUUCUUAGGCACGACGCAUCACGGAGUGCCUGGAUACAGCCCUUAGCUGUGGUAUAUUGCCCAUUUACCACAAACCCCAGAGGUGCCUUAUUGCUAUUAUAAACUGGUUACCAACGUAAUUAUAACAGAAAACAAGUAGUUUUGUGUCAUACCCAUGGUAUAUUGUCUGAUAUUUUCCGCCAAUCAGCAUCCAGGAGCCAAACUACCCGGUUUAUAAUUUCUAGUAUUCCCUAAGAUCAUGAUUUGUCAUUGUUGCGAGAUGCUCGGUUGAUUUUGUUAGACUGAAACCAGGUUUACGCAUAGUGUUACUGUAUGUCUUACAGCCUUACUCUACUCUGGGUUUCUCCCUGAGUUUCCUUCUUUUCUUUCUCUCUCUCGCUGACUCUAACAGCUGAGAGCUGGAAGAGUGUUGAGAAACACUACCCAACAUCCCCUUUCUCAACAGUCCUCACUUCACUGUACUUUCCAAAGAUGCCUUUUUGCCUAUUUAUUUACUUAUUUAUUACUUAUUUAUUUGUAAAAUGGUGUUUAUUUUUGUUAUUAUGGAAAUCUAAAUAUAUUUUUUAUUUUUAUUACAUACAAGAGCAAAUAUAUUGUAAAGGACUACAAAAUAAAGAUGAAGCAUAAGAUU